AACAUACAGGUCACAAGAUUUUCUGAAAACUGUUUUCUUGUAUAAUGGCAUUAUUGAUGCGCAUGCCUACUUCAGUUUACGGUUGUUAUUUGAGGAAGUAAAUUUCGUAUGGCAUACGGUUUUCUCAUUAACUACCGACUAUCGCUUAUUAAGCUUUGUUGUAGAGGAGAAAUAUGCCAAAAACUCAUAGAAUCAUCUUUCAUGGGCAAAUUGACGAUGGGAAACGAGAGAUACAUUUCAAUGUUUCUGGAGCAGAAAACAAUAACUGUUUACUUCUAAUUUUACGACCCGAUACACCAUCUAUCAGUGGAGUAACAAUGAUAGCUGAUGUCACAGUAAAUGAGCAUGACUUACCAAUGAGCUUUGUGUCGGGAUCAGGGUAUUAUUAUUACCUGGAUAUCUAUGGAUUGAAAACAGAAAACGAGACGGAAGAAUUUUACUCGGUUUCAUCCUAUGGAGGCACACGAUUUUUUGUUGCGAUGGUCAAAAAUGGAAAAGACUCAAAUAUUCCAAUGCAGUUAAAUAAAGUAAAGUCUUUGCAAUUUCCAUUAAGAAAUAUCACAGAGGUCACAUUUCCUUUGCAAUUUAACCAUAUACCUGUUUCAAGAUAUACUUUUCACAAUAACACAACCUUCGCAGAUGAAAAAAGAUGGAUAAUAUUCUUUAAACAAGCAAAGGACCGGUUUGAUGUUUUUAUUCAUGUCGGACAACAAAUGGACUUUACAUUGCCUUUAGACUUGCCCGUUGCUACAGUUUGUGAAGUUAAGGUUAUCGUUGGGUGUAUUUUGAAAGGCAGCAAGCAGAUGCGCAUAUCUAAAUUAGAAAUAAACACCAGCAUUAGUAAUUUCAAAACCUGUUUCACAAAAGCAGAAUAUGAAACACUAUAUAAUAAGACGACUCAGUUUAUAAAAGCAAAGACAGGCAAAUUCCGCCCGAUUGAAUAUUUCUAUAGAAACAAGUCAGAAAAAUAUUUUGCUUCGAUUACCGAGCACCAUAGGGGAAUUAUGAAACCUUACUCAAAAGAUAAUAACGGUGAUCCUUGCUCUGUAAUAAACGGUCGAUUAGAUGGUUUGUUUUUCAGUACAGCUGUGGAUUCUAAGACGAAUAUGCCUCUACCCUGCUCUCCAUUUGGACCACUAAGAUUACAUAUUUCUGCCAGGUUUUUUUUCCAACUUAAUCUACAUCUUUAUUUUGCUGACUUUUAUUGUCAUUAUAAAGUUCAUUAUGUAACAGUGAUUCUGACUAGAAAAGAUUCCACUGCUGAUAAUUUCUGUAAGGAACGUCUAAAGGAACUCGAUAUACACGAUAAUCCGUUUGUCUGUAUAAAGAAAUCAGAAUCAUUAAAUGACAUAAUUGUAUGUCACUCCAGUGGUCUUAGAAUAGAGGUUCUGUAUACGGAAGCCAUAAAUAUUUGUAAAAUAAUCAACAAACGGAAAGGACAUUUCAAUUGGGUACCUGUCAUGGGAAGAGGAGAAAGUAGACCAAACGGCAUUCCUAAAAACGAAAAUUGUACAAUUUGCAAUCUUUAAAAUAUGUACAUUUGUCUUAUAUAAAAAUAUCUAUACGCAGUCAUUAUACUAGUAGUGAUUUUACAUAUACAACAAUAUCUAAGCAGUUUAAUAUAAUUGUUGUUUUUGUGUAACGUUAAUGCUUUAAAUGAUUGUAUUUUAUAUACAUAAAUCUAAGCAGUUUACUAUAAUUGUUGUGCUUACGGGGUGAUAACUUCCUAUUAUUGAGUAUACGGGGAUGUGUCAAAAAUAUAGUUCAUAAUUUUGCGAGAUUUAAUAUAAAAAUGACCCUCCUUUUAAAUGACAUCCUUUAUUCAAAUGCAUUCACGUUUGAUAACUGUAUAUAGAUUUAAGGUAUGAUCUACAUAUCAUAUAUAAACGAUGUCAUAUAUAAAAACUUAAGGGUAGCUGGUACAUUUAUAAAGUAUGAGUGAUGAUGAGUUAGUGCUUAUAUAAGAAUGGGUCAAAUUUUAGAUAUUGUAUAUUAGUAUAUAAGUAUAGGUCAUUCUUUCCUAAAUAUUUAUUUAACUAUAGGUACUGAAUUUCAGUGAAUGUUAUAUUAAAAUGGGUACUUUUUUUAGGCAAAAAUGGCACAUCCCUACCAAAACAAAGACGAAGUUAAUCCCCACCCCGUGGUUGUGUUUGUGUAUUUGUUGACAAAAAUAAUACUCUUUUUAAAACGU